AUGUCCCUAAAGAAGGCUCGAGAACAUUUGCUCUAUGGAUUAGAUGAAAGGUUAAUUACAGAAGAAGAGUUUCUACUCCUGUAUGAUGUGAAUAGGUCAACUAACUUAGAUUUUCCUUACGAGCAGUACCCACUUUUUGAUCUCGACGACGUGCAAAACGACGAGUGCUUGGCGGAGUUUCGGGUCCAUAAACACGACCUUCCUAUUCUAGCGGAGGUUUUAGGAAUUCCUGACCAAUUUGUCUUGGAACAAAGAAGUGUUGUAGGAGGAAUGGAGGCACUAUGCAUGUUGCUGAAGAGGCUGACAUACCCGUGUCGAUACAGUGAUUUGUUGCACAGGUUCGGACAACGACCUGUAUCGGUAAUUUGCCUGGCUACAAACUGUGUUCUGGACUUCAUUUACGAAGCCCAUUGCCGAAGAAUUACCGACUGGAAUCUGGCCGUAUUGAAUCCACCUGCCCUGCAAACGUAUGCUGAUUGUAUACAUCAACAUGGAGCACCUCUAGACAACUGUUUCGGUUUUAUCGACGGGACAGUGCGUCCGAUAGCCAGGCCAGGAACAAACCAACGAAUCCUUUAUAAUGGCCACAAGCGGGUACACAGCUUAAAAUUCCAGGCUGUAGCCAUCCCAAAUGGUCUUAUCGCCCAUUUAUAUGGUCCAGUUGGUGAGAAUCUGAUGUAUGAUCUCGUAAAAAUAAAAAACAUUUGCUAGGAUUACUGUGAAAUUUUGCCAGUGAAGUGUCCCAUAUUUGAAGAAGAUUAAUGCAUAUAAAACAUAUCGGAAAAAAACAGGUCAGAAACAGAAAAAAGUUUUACAGUUUUACACUGAAGGAGGUUUACUAUGUUUGCCAUCCAUAUACAGGAAUUAGCAUUUCCCAGUCAGAAUGCUUGACCAUACCGAAGGCACUUUCCUUUUUGCCUUUCAGAGGGAAGAAAACACGACGCUGGAAUGCUCAGAGAAUCAGGAUUGCUCCCCAUGUUGCAACACAAUGCAAUAUCCCCUACUGGCCAACCACUGUGUGUGUGUAUGGAGACCCUGCGUACCCUUUGAGGGUCCACUUGCAAGCGCCUUUUCGACAGGGUGUUGGGUUCACUCCCCAAAUGGCUGCUUACAAUAAAAGCAUGAGUGAAGUCAGGGUCUCCGUAGAAUGGUUAUUUGGGGACAUAGCCAAUUAUUUUAAAUUUCUGGACUUCAAAAAAAUUUAAAAAUAGAGCUCAGUAGUGUUGGGAAAUUAUAUGUGGUAUCUGGUCUUUUAAGAAAUGCACUUACUUGUCUUUAUGGCAAUCAAACCUCCCAGUUUUUUGACUGGAGCCUCCACACAUUCAGGAUUACUUUGCAUGAAGAGAACCAUAAAACCUUAGCAAUCAUUACUAGCUUUCCAACUGGACAAUGUAAAAGGGUAAUAAAACCAUCCAGCUACAGCCUGUAAGUUUAGACUGUAUUCUUUGUCAUGUCCAUUAUACAGAUAUCUGAUUUUUUUCCAGUCAGCUCAAGGGCAUUCUGUACCCUUGAUUGAACCAAACCAGUUAUCUUACGGUUCUUUUCUUUUCACUGUAUACAGUCAACAUAACUGUAGAUCAGAUGGGUUUACUACAAGAUUCUUCUCUGUCUUUUGUUUAAUUGAUGUACUUCACAAAGUUAAAAUCAAAAAGCAAUGAUAGCACUGUUUAUAGAUGUUGAGAGGUUCUAAAAACCAUUCUUGAGCAGAAUAAUCAUUGCCGUUACUACUUGAUGUAACUUACUGGGCUACCUGUAGACAUCAACUGAAAAUAAAAUUGUAGUCAUGCAUAGAACUGUAGUCAUCGAAGAAAAUCUCUGCAUUUAAGUGCGGGAUUCUCAUUAAUAGUUUAUUUAAGGCAAUCCACAAAUACACCACUAUCUGACUGCAUUACCAGUCGAGAGAACAAACCUGUUUCCAAAGGUUGUUUAAUGUCCACAAACUUGAUAAAACUAUACUCAAAUAGAUUACAACAGAUUAAUUAAUCAAAUCUACAUGACUAUUAAAUGGACCCUGCCAAGCUAAAAAAGGGCAAGACAAAAUGUCAUAUUUCACACUGAAGGGUACUUUAAAGCAACGAGGAAAGUUUUUUACUGUGGCUUUUUAAGAAGACUUUGCAUUACAUUCAUAAAAUGUUGUUGUUGCUGCAUUAGCAAAGCUGUCAUGUUUUGACUCUGCUGUUGCUGUUGUUGCAUUACUCUCAACAUCUCCUGCAUCUGGGUCUGGCCUUGCUCUGUUCGCUUUUCCUGUAGUGCCACCUCUGCCUUUUUCAGUUCCAGUUCUUGCUCUCGUACCUUUCUUUCUGCCUCGCUUUUUUCUCUAAGGUAUUCUAUAGUCUCAUCUCCACCUCUACGUCUUCGUUUAGUGCUCACUGCUUCACGCUCUGUCCCUUCCUGUCGUUUCUUAGUCUGGCUUACCCUUUCCAUAGCUGUCUUUCUAAUGCUUUCUGCCUUUUCUCUGUCUUGGUUAUCUUUCUUAGCAGCUGCAGCAUUCCUACUCUCUUUGCUAUCUUUCUCUUUCUCAGUGAUAUCUUCCAAUAACCGGUCCAAUUCUCACAUUUGUGUUGAUGUUCCACUGCUUGCCUCAUCCUUUUUGUUUUUUUCUUUAUACUUAGCUUGUAAUAGUGCAAACCUCUCCCUCACUGAUCUCUGCUUUACGGCAAACUUUAAUUCUGCAGAACUAUUGAGCGACCUUGCUAUCUUCGACCACACUUCACCGCUGUCAGGACUUCCUUUUUUAAAUUGA